AUGUCUCUACAAAAUUAUAAAAGGCGUAACCAUCAAAAUCCAUACACACCGUUAUAUUCUACUAUUUCAAUAUAUGGAUCUCGAAACAGUAGACCUUCGCUAUUUAGUUCUAGAAGAGUGAUGAGUAGUUCUGGAUAUUCAAUUACCCAAAAUAUUGUGCCUUCGAAGUCUAGGACAGUUUCACUUUCUUCCUCAUUAAGUUCGCGUGACUCCUCCCAUCAUUCAUUAGUCUCGAUUAAUUCCAAUUCAAUAAAUUCUCCAUCUGAGAAUGAUGAUUUACAGAUAUUGGGAGAAACUCAUAGAGGUGUGUUGACAAAUAUAUCUACCGGAUUUCUGGAUACGGGAAGAACUGUCUUACAUAAACUUUUCCACCCUUACCAAAAACCUAAACAGGACAUAAUAGAUUUGACUCAAAACGAAGAUGACGAUAAUGAUAUUAUAAACAAUCCAUCUGAGAAUACAGAUUUGGUCAACACUCCCAAUAAGAGACGGAAAUUAAUCGAUUCAAAAGAUAUAUCGGCAAUCGAUAAUUAUAACAAUAAUAAUAUUAAGGAUGUAUCACAGUUAAAUUUUUCAAAAGAUCCAUUUGGUUGGAAUAAAUGGGAAACUACAGAAAUCGGUGCUCAUGAUAACUAUAAGUCAGACGAAAAUAGUCGUAAUAACAAUGAUAGAUAUAAUAAUAAACAGUAUGGUACACAUUUCUACCGUAGAAACGAACGUCGAAAAGAAAAUAUUAAUAAUGCAAAUAUGAUCUUACGAGGAAGAUCAGACGAAGUAUCAUAUCUAAGGCAGAUAUUUACAGGUGAAUAUGAGAUUCCAAAAAUCAUUAAUGAUGAACGUGAAGAACAAUUAAAAUUACUGGAAAGAGAUAGACAGCUUGGAAAAGCUCAAAACUCCAAAAUUAAGAGUUCAAUUAUUGAUAUAACUGAAAGAAUAAAGAAAGUUCUUAUGGAGAAUAGGAAACUUUUAACUGAACAACCUAACAAAGAAACAGAUGAUGAUUUAAUAUUUGUCAAAGAACAAAAAUUGACCUCUCUAGAAAAGAAAAGACAAGAUUUUUAUAAUGACAGCUUCAAACUAGAUAAAACAUUGCUUGAAUUUAAAAAUGAAUUCAGGAAUUAUAGACAAUUAAUUGAACGCAGGAGACAAAUACAGGAAGAGGUAAGAGCUAAGAAAGAGAAAAUCAAAAAAGUGAAGGUUAUUGUUCCACAAUUAGAUGGUCCACAACUAAACCAAGUAAAGGAAGCUCUAAAUAGACAGGACAAUGGUAUAUUAAGCAAUAAAGAUAAUUUUGAAGUACGAGUUAGGGAUAUUAAGACUUUGGCUCCAAGAAGAUGGUUAAACGAUACUGUUAUAGAAUAUUUUAUGAAAUCGAUUGAAAGAACAACAGAAAACACAGUAGCAUUUAAUUCUUUUUUCUAUACUAGUUUAUCUGAACGUGGUUACCAAGGUGUAAGGAGAUGGAUGAAGAGAAAGAAGGUACAAAUUACGGACUUGGAUAAAAUAUUUGUACCAAUAAAUUUGAAUCAAUCCCAUUGGGCUCUGGUCAUGAUCGAUAUCAAAAACAAAUCUAUCAAUUAUGUUGAUUCUCUAUCACAUGGCCCUAAUGCAAUGAGUUUUGCAAUUUUAAAUGAUUUAAAAGGUUAUGUGAUUAGUGAAAGUCAAGACUCUAUUGGACAGGAUUUUGAAUUGAACCAUUUGAGUUGUCCACAACAACCUAAUGGAUUUGAUUGUGGUAUUUAUGUUUGUCUCAAUACUCUAUAUUUGAGUAAAGAUGUCGAUUUAACAUUCAAUUAUGAAGAUGCCGCUAAAAUGAGAAUAUAUAUUGCGUAUUUAAUUCUAUCCGAUGGGGGUAUAUAA